AUGUCGUCGCAAAAGGCAGCAAAGGCUGUCCAAGCUGGUAGCAGGGUCAUCCCCGUCAGCAAGAAAUACACCGUUCAGUCCACUGGGAUCUGGGAGAAGAUUCGACGAGCCUUCGCGGUCGACCCAAACCGCUCUAAUGGUGUCCCAUUGAACCCUCAAUUCCGUAACCCACCCCCCGGCUCGAACGAACCGUUUUCAUUCAUCGAUCCUGUCACUAUUCCCGCAGGUGACAUCGCCGAGAACCCAUACUGGAAGCGCGAUGCACGACGCGCCUAUCCCCGUCUCUCAGUCGUAUCUCAGGGCGACGUUGUUGGCCUGCUCAGCCUCGGAAGCCAAAGUGCACCAAAGAAGGAGCUGAUCGGUGAGGCUGGAACGAAGGAAUUAGUGGAGGUGAAACAGCAAGGAGAGACUGGUUUGGCUGCUUACUUUAAUGGAGGCAAGGGAGGAGUGUUGGAGAGCUUCGGGAAGGAUGGUCUGCCUCCUUUGCCCAGCGGUGCGAACUUGAAGGCUGGUGCCGAUAAGUACCACUUGACCCCUGAGAACGCUUAUCCUGAGCACUACCCAUGCCGGACAUUUCAAUAG